AUUUAUGUAGAAUCAAAUUAAGCCAAUUAUCCAACCAAACCCAAUUCGUACCUUUAUUUUUUCCACAAAAAAAAAAAAAAACCAAUUUGUAGCUAUAUACUAGUGCACAAUAAUAACAUGGACAAGGGAAUUGGUGUUGAAUUAGCUACAAGAUCUUCAAUUGAAAUGGGAAAUUCAGUAGUUGAUGAAGAAUUUGAAGGCAAAGAAGCUUCAUUGUUACGUAUUGUGGAGACUUUCUUGCGUUUGUUUCCUAUUUGUUUAUGUGUAACAGCUCUUAUCAUUAUGCUUAAGAAUUCUGAGGAAAAUGAGUAUGGUUCUGUUGCCUAUUCCGAUCUUGGUGCUUUCAGGUAUUUGGUGCAUGCCAAUGGUAUUUGUGCAGGAUAUUCACUAUUCUCAGCAGUCAUUGUUGCUGUGCCACGCCCUUCAACCAUGCCUAAAGCUUGGGCUUUCUUUUUGCUUGACCAGGUGCAAACCUACAUAAUCCUAGCUGCUGGAGCUGUAUUAACAGAGGUUCUAUACCUUGCUGAAUAUGGAGUCCCUACUGCAGGAUGGAGUUCAGCUUGUGGGUCUUUUGGUUCAUUUUGUCACAAGAUCAAAGCUUCAUUAGUUAUCACAUUUAUUGCUGUGGUUUGCUAUAUUUUGCUUUCACUCAUAUCCUCUUAUAGACUAUUUAGCAAGUAUGAUGCACCAGCAGAAUUCAACAACAACUCCAACAAGGACAUUGGCAUUGCUGCUUUCAAUGGCUGACCUUACAAUAUUAUAACUCCCUAUGUCCCUAAUCGAUGGUCAUUUCCUUUUAGAAUUUUAGUUUUGAUUCAAAAGUUUAGUUUGUUUUGAAAAUCAAUGUAAAAUUAUACAUUAUUUUCCCUUGAUAAUGUGUACAUGAAUAAUUAUAUCCUGGUGGAUAACAAAGUACUGAUAUGUGCAUGAUUUGAAGUUGCCUUGGUUAUAACUA